AAACUACAUAGACUAAAAAAACAAUAGCGGACCCACACACGCGGGCACCCGGUGUGACUAGAACGCUGUCAGUUCUGCUACAUCCGGCGCUGAGACACUGUCACUGUGGGCUGAGGUGUGUGCAGGCGGCGGAGGGAUAUCAGGGUGACGGUGAUGUAAGGUGGUGUGACAGUAUACAAGUUUCCCCUAUGUGCUUUCCGAGUCAUAUCGUCCCAGUACAACAAAGCAGACAGUGAUAGUUACAGACCGGCCCCCGCCCUCCUGUAUUAUCACCAUGGCUUUCUAGACUUGCAAGACCACGAAACAAGUGUGCGUUUGCACUUGUGCUGCGAUAACAAAAAAAAACCCGCAAAGAUGGCGUCUUUUACCCCCUAUGCGCCUUCCGCUGCUGCAUCCAGCUGGAAUCGUGCUUCCGAACAGUUCUCUGGCCUGAAUCGAAAUAAUCCUGGUGGAAAUGUCUCUCCUGGCGGCCUUAAAUCUGGACCUGGAGAUGUCGAUGUUGCCAGUUAGCACUCUGCACUGGCGGGCGGAUCUCCUGAAGAUCCCUGCUCAUGGAAAUCACUAUGAACAUCUACCAGUGCCCAUGGAGGAUGGGGUACAUAUGCACGGGGCUGAAGGAGGAUGCCUGGCAGGGGAUGGAUUCACAGACUGGAUGACAGAAAGGGUGGAUUUCUCGUGUUUUCUGCCAGCGAUGGUGGAUCCGUCCAUGCCAGGUCCUUCAGCCCCAGACCUGGAAUUCAUGGCCACUCUUUUGAAGAAGGAGCUGGAGCAAAUGGAAGAUUACUUCCUGGAGGAGACUCUCUCCCCUAGGCUCCCAAUGCCCCCAGAUCAAGUGGCACCCAGCACUCCUCCUUCUCAUGAAGUCCACUUUCACUUUCCAACACCUGACCAGCAGCUUGUUAGUAGAGCUGUAGAAUUCCAGGCAUACAUUGCAGACACGCAAGCUCCUGCCCCUGUGGCACUGGACACAUUAGAUUCUGGCUGCCUUGAGCUUAUGAAUCUGUACACAGAUGUUCCAAGUGAUUUCUCUAGAGAAGACCAGCAGGAUUUUAUGGUGAUUAAUGACACCACUGACCCGCCAGCACAAUCAAAACAACUGAACAGGCCUACCCCUUAUGACCGCCCCACCACUUCACCAUCCAGCUGCUCUGGUUCAAGCCAGCCUAAAGGUGACCGUAAGCAGAAGAAGAGAGACCAGAACAAGACGGCAGCUCUUCGUUACCGCCAGCGGAAACGUGCAGAAUAUGACGCACUGGAUGACGAAUGUCAAAUCCUGGAAGUCCGCAACAGGGAGCUGAAGGAAAAGUCUGAUUCAAUCGAAAGAGAGAUCCAGUAUGUUAAAGAUCUGCUGAUCGAGGUCUACAAGGCCAGGAGUCAAAGACUCCGCAAUAACUAGAUCUUUAUAUUUGUUGAAAGGCACAAACUUUGGACUGAUAACUAUUAGUCUCAGACCUGUGAUAGCUCUAAAAAUUAAUUUGGGUCAUUAAAGAGAUCUGGUAGAUCGUUUUUUUUUUUUUUUUUUUUUUCCUUUCAUGCCUUCUACUUGCAUAACAAUGAAAAAUUUUAUUAUUAUUUUUUUUUUUUUAUCCUUUACCUCAAUUAAAAGACCGUACAGGCUUUUAAGCAUCUAUAGUGCUGCCUCAUGACACAGUUAAUAUUGCAGUCUUCUAUAGCUAUUGGCAAAUCGGUAGCACAUUUAUAAACAAACCCCCCCCCCCCCCCCUCCCAAGUGACCCUUUGGCAUUUUUUAUAUGAAAGGCACACUUGAAAGCGGUGAUGGUUGUGUCAGCAAACACUGAUAAUUGUACAUCGCUAAUUCAGUUGUGUUAUUUUAAUGUGUAAGACAGCAGAUAAGCAAUGAAUAAAUCAAGUCCUUAAUUGAAUCUGACUUUUUGAAUGUGAUGUAGUGAGAUACUGAGGUUGUUUUUUUCUUUCUUUGUUUGAAUGUAUUACUAAAAGGUUUUAUAUACAGUUUUUUUGGUAUAUACAGGUAUAUGUAAUAUAUUCUCCUGGAAAUUACAAAACAUUUCUGCACUGAGGUAAAUAAAAGACCAUUUAUCACCACCAGUUUUUGAUUAUUUACACACCAAGGUGGCAACCAUUUUGUGGGUUACACCCUAUAAAUGUACAUAUGUCUCUCAUGCCCCGCUGAUAGCACAGGUCGUAAGUCAAUACAUGGGAGACUAAUGCAUAUUGGUUUAACAGACAAAAUGGCUGCUGGGUGUGUCAGGAACAGACUGUAAAGCAAACGGAUGAUUAUUGUGAAGCAAGUUUACAUUAUGGUACAAAAUUGUCUCAACUGUCUCCUCAGCUUGACAUGUUUUUAUAAAGAUGAAAUAAUUUGUUAUGUUACUUGUCAUAGAAAAACAUUUUGUUGAACUGCUGAUUGGGUGUCUAGAAUUUGAAGUGUGGCACAAAGCAUUAAAUACUCAGUGGAAAUGACAUCUGAUAUUUUCUUGUGCACACAAUAAUUACAAAUUAGUGACCUCAAAUGCAGAAUGUGUCUGAUUUAAAAUGGCUGUUCACUGUAAGGUUGUGAUGGCUUUGUAAAUAUAUUGUCUCCGCACAUCUAAAGAAUGGCAUCAAAAGACAUUAUAGCUCUCUUACCAACAUGACAUAUAGGUGCAAAAAGUGCACUAAACCACAGCCACUAAUCCAGACAUAUCAAAGUAAACUGCUGAUUGGUUGCUGUACCUAAUUAGUAUUUUGGUAAACAAGCCCUUAAAGAUUAAUGGACUGGAUGUAAUGACGUCCAAGUUGGUUGGACAUGUGGGUUCACGGCCGAACUCUGUGGUUUUUUUAAUUUAUUUUUUUAAAGCCAUUUACAAGGCAUGGUUUUGCCUUGUACAUGAUUGUCGUUUUAAAAAACAGUCCGUAUUCAGCCUGGAACUCGCACCUCCAGCCAGCUCGGCUGUCAUUACAUCCGGCCCACUUUUUUUAAAUUGCUGGGAUUAUAGAAAUCUGUAUUGGGGGCAUAUUGUGUAGCUUACUUUUAUUGUUGAAACACUGCAUUAAACUAUCAGAUAAAAUUGAGAGCCUUAUAUUCAUUAGUUGCCAACCAGGCUUGAAGCACAUGUACUAGGCCUGAUCAUUGCUGCUUCAAUAUCUUGUACUCCCAGCUAGCCUAGUGGUAGAAACUUACAGGUUUUUAGAUCUUUCUGUCACCAGUUUAUGGUCACACAGACUGAACGUGGCAGUAGCGACACUAGCACCAUUUCUCUGCGUACAGGAUCACAACUGAAAGCAAAUACAUGCCCUGAAAAAUGUCUGUGACAUACCUAUUCUUUCUAUGCCUUUCCCCGUUAUGCUGCCCAAACGGUCCCUACCUGUCAAUCACUCAGCAUGAAAAAUCUCACUAUGAGCGGUAUCGCAAUGGUACCUUGGCUCAUGCGCAGUGCGAUCAUGGUUCAGUCUGACAUUAAUCGCUCAGUUGCAUGAACACUUGCAUUGCGUACAAACAUGAAUUGGGCCUUCUGUAACUUUCAUGAGUAGGAGUUUAUCUUGGUGUACUAAACAGUUAAUUGUUUUGAACCAUACAACGAUUUUCAAACCACUCAACAAAGGAUUGUUUUAUAUACAUAGGUUUGCUGUAUUGGCUUAGUAGAAUUAGGGAUUUCUUGGAAAUGUUUUACUGACUUGUAAUAGACAGCUAAAUAAAAUAUAUUUUUUUUCUGUAGAUGCAAUUAUUGUAAAGAACACUUAUAAUUUAGGAAGAGGACACUUGUGUAUUGUGGGAUCAUGUAUUGUGGUGUGUGUAUUUGUUUGAAAACACUCGGGGUGAUAUCUGACAUGGUUGGACGUCCACAUGUUGCUUAUGCAUAGUGACAGCAACCAUUAUAUGGGCUUAUUUCACUAGUGUAUAGGCAACAACAUAGUCAGCGCUACUGUGGGUAAGGGAAGGGAGCUAUUUUUAAGAAGUGAUAAAAAGGUUAUGUUACUCUAUGUAGAGUAUACAGAUUAUACCAUGUCAAACAUCACCCUUUUGUAAAGCUAAAUAAAUAAAUUGUGUUUUUAAAGUACAUCUUUAAAGUGUACCUAUUAUCUUAACUCAGUUUGGAUAGCCAUUUUGACAUUUUACCCGCUUUUCGGCCACAAGUGAAUUGAUACACUUAAACAUGCUUCUGCCCAAAGAAUGAUUUCCCCGGUUCCUUACUGCAUAGGCAAUGGGUACACUUUUAAAGACCAAUCAGAAUAUUUAAGGGGGGUGGGGGAUUCAGUUCUCUGCAAUAUGCUACCACCAUGUCCGGCUGAGCAUAUCCCCAUGAAUUAUGGUAACCCAACAAAUUGUCCUACGUAUCUAUGCAUAGGAAAAUUUGUUGGGUGCGAGGCAGUAUUGGUGGCCUAGAGGUGCCGGAUUUCUGAAAUGUUUGGGAACAUUGUCGAGAAUUAAUUCUCUCCCUCCCUGAGAUUUAAGGUCUCUCUGAAAUUUUGAGUUUAGGUCAGUGACUGCCAGAUCGGAACUCAAGUCUAAGGUCAGCAUCUCCUCUUUUCUGCUACAAAUGUGACAAUGGUUAAAAAAAAAACAAUUCUUGUGUGGAAUACUUUAUACAUAAGGAUAUUUAGCAAUAGCUUUUUAGCAGACCACUUAUCCAUUGUUUUUUAAUUGAGACAUUUAUGAAAUAAAUCUUUCAGAAACGA